AUGGCACUGGGAAGAACUAAGCGCACGGGUGCUCAUAAGAUGAGCCGGCUUAUCGUGUGCCGGCAGCAAGCCACGUGGACCACGCGCAAUCUUGACUGGUGCCUGAGUCGAACGGAGAAAAGCGGUCUGGAGGCCGGGCGCUCCGCGGGUGUCUUGCAACGGUUGAGCGGUCACUACCUCAAGGUCUGCCGUGGCAUUUGA